AUGUGUUGUACAUGGCUAGAUAAGAUAAGAUACGGCUAGGGCGCUGCAUGGAAUUUGUCUGUACACUGAUCUUUGGCCUUAGUCACAUGGACAAGUGCAACUGAUACUUGAACCAUGAACCAUGAACACUUGAACCAUGGAAGUGCAACAGAAGUACGUAUGUGCCUUAGUUUUGGAAUAAGGCUUCUGGAAUAAAGAAUAGUAUGUGCUCAUGCUCGGGAUCAAGCGCGCACUCCUCUUAUUCAGUGAGGUCCUUGCAAAAGCUAUGUGCUUAACUGCUCCUUACCAUGAACUCGCCCAGAUCACCGAUGCAGACUCGGGAGAAGAAAACUCCCAAAUCCCGGGAAGGUGGCUGGGGUAUCGUGGUGGUCAUUGCUAGCUGCUCCAUCAACGUGCUCGUGCUCAGUCUGUUGCGAUGUGGAGGAGUCUUGUAUCAGAGCUGGAUGGAUGAAUUCGAGACCGGUGCCAAGGAAAUUGCGGCAAUUCAGAGUAUUCUUUCCGCAACGUCGUGCUUUUCUGGCCUUGCAGGUGCUGUUCUGUGUAAACGCUUCGGCUGCAGGUUUUCAGGAAUUAUUGGAGGAGUUCUGUGGUUUCUUGGUCUCUUCUGCAGCUACUGGGUGCAGAACAUAUUUCAGUUGUACGUCACAAUUGCAAUAGCAGGUACUGGUGUCGGAAUUUCAGUAAACUUUGCGCUAGUUGCAGUGGCAAUGCACUUCAAAAAGAGGUACAAAACUGCCAACGCAGUGGCCUUCUCUGGGGCAGGGAUAGGAAUCAUGGCCGCUCCUCCGAUAGUCCAACUUCUGCUGGACAACUAUGGAUGGAGGGGAACUCUCUUCAUCAUCUCGGCAAUCAUGGCCAAUAGCAUUGCAUGUGGCGCUCUCUACAGGCCUCGGCGCAAUGUUCAGCGCUCCCCAAAAGAAUUACAACUAAAUAGUGAAGAUCACGAACAAGAAUCAAGGAUUGAUGAAGUCAGACCAGAAAGUCCAACAAACGCGACAGAUGCCAGUGGUAACGAACCCGUGAUCUUCCAGACAUCUACCGUUGCCAUGAGGUCCUGCAAUGACGAUCCAGAUGAGAUAUGCUUCAUAUCUGUUGACCAAUCUGGUAAACGUGAAUAUGCGUCGUUUAAGGACGCACGGAAGCAGAACCAAGCUGGUAGUCUGUUACGCAGAUUUUGUUCCGAGCUUAGCAUCAGAGUAUUGAUGAAAAACUAUCCCUUCCUUCUGUUGUGUUUAGCGUCAGUUGAGUUCGCCAUUUCGUACCUUUCAUUCGCUUUAUUCGUCAUCCCCCGCGCACAGAGCAUUGACGUGUCGUCCUCCAAUGCUGCGUUCCUCCUCAGUAUUCUAGGCAUUGGGACUCUACUCGGACAGCUUGGUAACGGAUUGAUGCUGAGCUGCAGGACCUCACCAGAACACGUACUGGCAAUCUGCGUGGCUUUGUCGGGUGUUUCGUUGCUUGUACUGAACGUGGAUGGCUACGUGUACCUGGCCAUUGCUUCAUUCCUACAGGGCUUUGCCAGCGGGGCCUUCUUCGCCAUAGCUUCCGUCUUGAUACUGCGUUAUGUGGGUUUGGAGGGGUUUGCGGUUGGUACCGGGUGGCACCGAAUAUCUGCUGGCGUUGGUCAACUACUUGGACCCAUCGUAGCAGGUUGGCUGUUCGACGUGACAGGAAGCUACAAGACAGUGUUCUUCGUAUUAGCGGGGAUAAACUUCGCCUGCUCUCUGCAAAUGUUUCUUUUCCCUGUGCUUAAGCGACUGAAAACAAGGAAAGAGGGUAAAUCAUCAGAAACACACGAGGAAGGAUGAACUUUAUCUAAAAUGUUAUUCAUAUCACUUUUGUGGAUAUAUGAAUGAUUACAAUAUCGACGAAAGCAAACUGCUAAGAAUGCAUUGCAUCGAACAUAGGUAACCAGUAUACAUUGUUUAUAAGGGCAGUUAAAUAAUAUCAUAAGGGACAUACUUUUCGCCGUCUUUUUUAGUGGAAGAUAUCUUUCAGCAGUUUCUCCUGGUAGUUUAUAACGAUGAGUUGAUUGGAAUUGCUAUUGCUUUGAGACAUAAAAGAAAUCAUCACCAUUGAGUCAAAAAGAUCUUGCGUAUACACCAAAAUAGUUUCAAGCCUCCGUUUGCUUUGACCUAAAAGGUCAUGACAAAUAUAGGAAGUCUGUAUCAAGAACAAAUUACCUAUAAUGAUUUUUAAUAUAUACAUUUGAUAUUACUUUUGGAAUGUGUAUAAUGACCUCCUUGCCUAAAGGCGAUACUGACAUAGUUUGCGUUGGCAUUGAAACAGUGGAACAAUCAUGAGCUCAGACCAUUGGGUUUUUGACGUUAUGGUUAAGCAACACAUGCAGGUGAGUCUUUACUUCAUCAUUGUAGUCCCGAUUUUGUUCCAAUGUAGUGAUGUUGUGCAAAGAGCGAAAAGUCAGAAAUAUGAGGAUCUAUUUCAAGUAAAGGCAAAGGUAGGGGUAAAGGGGACGAACCUGUGUUUACAGGAACGGAGUGCUCAUCUCUCUUUCAUUAGCGAUUGGGCCAGACUGA